CAACUUUGCAAGGGCUGGCGUUCUUCUCCUAGCUUCUUUGGCUUUAUCGCAAUCAUGAUGGUCCUUAAAUGUGUUCAACACUGACUCGUAUUUGCUUGAUACAGUUGCCACAUCGUUUUCUAAAUCGACAAUCAAAUACUUUGAGAAGAUUAUUUUUACCAGCUCAAGCAUAUUCCAAUCUGCAAUGCUAUUUGCAUCUAGGAAUGUACGAAUGUUUUCUUCUACCUUUGCACUAAUUUCAGAAAGUAAACUCAAGUUGGCGAUAACCUUUUUUUAAAAUGGGAAUAUGCAAUACUUUUUUUUUUAUCAAUAUGAACUUCAAAAAUUAUGACGUCACACAUGACAAACCAAGCGAUAAUGGGAAGAGAACCAUUCUAUUUAUUGAUGUCUUUGAUAUUCACUUCAUAGUCAGAGAAAAUACUACAGUAAUAUCAAUGGAUGAAAAAAAAGAUCAGGCCAAACAUCGGAAGAUGUGCUUAAAGUGGAGAAGAGUCGCUUGUUCUAUGUGGAUGUUAAUCAUUUAUCUUGAAGUAAAUGACAUAGCUAUUGAUGCUUAUCAUUAUAAGGUCCCUCUUCUUGAAGUAAAUGACAUAACUAUUGAUACUUACUCUCAAUCAAAGCUUUCCAUUUUUUACAGAAGGGCUCGAAUAUUUUUAGUAAUCAAUCAAAACAAAAUGCUUCAGAUACUAUACAUUCAUAUAUUCUCCAUAUUCAUAUUCAUACACUUUGCGAAAAAUUUUUGGGAGUGUCGAAUUCAUCCUCUGCAAUUUUUUGAUGUAAUUGUUAUUGCUGCUUUUCCAAUACGGUCAGCUAUUAGUGGUGUCUUGCGAACUUCUUUGCUUGAUCUUUGUCCAAUACUCUUCAAUAGGAUUUAGUAACAUAACAAAUGACUUGAGUUGGUCCCAUGAGGUGGGUCUCUCUUAGCACCAGCUAUCUUUUGUUUUUUUUUUCUGCCACUAGUUUUUGGAAUUUGCUGAGAAAGUGCAGUCAAUUCAUAUACAGACAUACAACCCAGAAUAUUCAAGUUAAUACUUUUGGGUUGAACUUCCACUUCUGCGGGUGUUCUCCUCUUCGACCAGGCUACAGAGUGCACCCUAUUCUUUUUG